AUGGCCGCGCCAGUGGGAAUAUUACGAAAUGCUAACCAGACGCAACAGGGUAAAUCUACAAUAGUUGCCCCUUUUUCUGAUUCAGAUUCGGAACAAGAAGGCAUCAAUAGCACAGACUAUGGACAAGAGUAUGAAACUGAGCCUGAAGGUGAAUUGAACACUGAGGAGGCACAAGAAACUUUGCAACAUGAAACUUUAGUAAAAGCAGGAUACCUUGCUAAAAGACAAGAGAGACGGAAAGUAGGGAAUAAGAAUUGGAAAAAGAGAUGGUUUGUGUUAAGGUCAACAAAGUUGGCUUAUUACAAAAGUGAAAAGGAAUAUGAGCUUUUGAAAAUUUUGGACUUGAAUGAUAUUCACGCGGUUGCUGAGGUGAAGGUGAAAAAUAGGUCCAAUGUGUUUGGUAUUGUUACGCCUAAGCGUACAUUUUAUGUCCAAGCGGAAAGGAAAAAAACUAAACGUCUCACUAUUCAAUUAAAAUCCAAAAUUUCAGCGCCAGUUUUGGAUAAACAAACUAUUAAAACCUCGGUGAAAGAGACAUCUGCUAUUGAUAUUCCAAAUUCACAAGUUCAAACAACAGAACAUGGUGAAGGUGGAAAUUCAUACGUAUCAGUUUCCUCUUUUACAUCUGGGGGUUCCAUUCCUAAUGUAUCAUCACAACCUUCAAGUCCGGUAGCAGCUAAUUUUGUACCGGAAAGAAAGGAUAGUAGUGAUCCUACUGCCAGUUCUGAAGAGGAAGAGGGAGGCCCCGUUGAUGUAACAGGUGAAAACAAUAAUGAUGGUCGUGAAAUCCAAAAAGGAUAUUUAUAUAAACUUGAUAGAUAUAAGGCAACUUGGAAAAAAAGAUGGUUUGUACUAGAUAACGAGAAGCUAGCAUAUUACAAAGACCCUAAGGAUCAUCGUCCUCAUUUGAAUCUUAAUCUUUCGGAUAUUCUCGAUGCUAUCGAAACUGAUUCUUCUCCCUACAAAUCAAGACAACAUUGUUUCAAGAUAAUUACUCCUAAACGAACAUAUAUUUGUAGUGCUCCUGAUGAAACAUCUCUAGUAACGUGGUUGGCUGCUCUACAAGUAGCACUAACAAAGACAAAGGAGAAACUAAAAGCAGAGUCUUGA